AUGUGUUGAAUAUCGAUGGUGUGCAGCCUACCUACACUCAGUCACUGUGUCCCACAACCCUUGAGGGUUAUCGUGGAUGCUGGAGCUCACGUCAAAGUGAUAGCUGGAAAAACAUUUGACGCAGACACAAAGGAACAACCUUCCAAGAUCCUGAUGCUGCAGGAGCCGCUGUUGGUGGUUGGAGCCUUUUACAUCUUGUUCUUCACAGUGAUCUUCUAUGUGAGGCUCAACUUUUCCAUCACCAAGGAUCCAGCUGCUGAAGCUAGGAUGAAGGUGGCCUGCAUAACAGAGCAAGUUCUCACCUUGGUGAACAAGAGACUGGGCCUGUACCGCUACUUUGAUGAAGCGGUGAAUAAGUACAAGCAGUCAUGGGACAUCUCCACUCUAAACAGUGGCAAGAAGACCUUGGAGACAGAGCAUAAGGCUCUGACCAAUGAAGUAGCCUCUCUGCAGUCCAAGCUGAAGACAGAAGGCUCUGACAUGUGUGAUAAGGUGAGCGAGAUUCAGAAGCUCGACAGCCAAGGCAAGGAGCUGGUUCUGAAAUCGUCUGUUGAGACAGAGUGGUUGGUGGCCGGCAAGCUUAAGAAGGACUCGUACAUUGAGAAUGAGAAGCUGCAUUCCAACAAGCACCAGGAGCUGGUCACCAAAAUUAACAACAUCCUCGAUGCACUGUAACUUCAGAGUUAAAGUGGUGGGAGGGAAGAGAAACGUGAGUUGAGAUUAAAGGC